AUGAUGAAUGACUACGUCAAUAAUAUUGAACCGGAGAACACUAAGUAUUCGUUAUUUCAGUUACAUCCAAGUUCAUGUACUGCUAUGGAAACUGAAGUGGAGAUAACAGCCAUGUGUUCAUUUUCAAACUUGCUAUUCAUUGGAACAAGCAAGGGUUUAGUAUCUCAGUUGAUUAUUCAAGAGUUGUAUGACGACAAAACAUCAUUUUGUUUCAGUAAUGUUCUAUCAAGGAGAAUAUUUAAUAAGCCGAUUUCAAGACUUGAAACGUCUUCCAAAAAAACUACACUUUCCAUUCUCAGCGAUGAAAGUCUUACCUUAUGUAACGCUGAAAAACUUGAGAUCACGAAUUUUAUUCCAUCUUUCAAAGGCGUUUCAUCAUUCCACUUGUGCUCUUUCGAUGAUGAAAAAGAGAAGCUGUGCAUAGGAUUUAAAUCGGGUUUAAUCCAACUACAUCAUAUUUUUGUAUCGACAUGUAUGCUUGUUUUUGAGACCAGGUUAACAGAAGUUUCACAGUCUCUUUGCAUCUCACCACAAUUUUUAUGUGUUGCAUCGGACAGUAGUUACAUAUCAAUAAAUUUACGUACAAACAGUACUACAGAGUUAUUACGCUCGGUAAAAGAACCAGUACGAAAUUACAUAGUUUAUUUUACUCAGAAUGAAUUUAUUGUUUCUGGUCCAGGAUCAUUGGGUAUUAUUGUCGAUGCUAAUGGUGUAUCUCAUCGUGCACCACUUCAGUUAUCACCAAAUAUAGUAGAAGUUUUUGUGUGGAAAAAUUAUUUCUUCACUAUUACUGACGAAUUUUUUACUAUUCACAACAUCUUGACACAAUCCCAGAUACAAACAAUAAAUCUUCAAAAGCCAUCUGUGGCUUGUUUUUCUGCUGAUGCUCAUUUAUUAUACUUUACUGGAACAUCUGACUGUAUUACUGACACUACAUCCAUCAGAAAUAUUCGAGUCUUAGGACCAGAACGUUGGGAUUUGAUUGCACGGAGGUUCAUCUUAACUGGUUGUCUUAAACAAGCUUUCCUUGUACAACAACAAGAACGAAAUCGUCUUACUCAAGUCAUGCAGUUGCAAGUUGAGAAAUUCAAAUAUGAACAACAAUUAUUCGAUAAGAGACGUCAACGGGUACUUGGACUUUUAGGAUUUUAUCAUUUUGAAAAGGGUGAACUAGAUAAAGCAGCUUCCUACUUUGAACAAAGCACUAUAGACAUACGUGAAAUUUUGUUUCGGUAUUCUGAUCUCUUGCCAAAAGGUUGUUAUUUUAUGCCAAAUUGGUUUUACAAAUUACAUCAGACCAAUCCCGAAGCUAAUCAUGAUAAUGACGAUAAUGCUCAAACAUCUGGAAUUAAUUUAACUAGUGAUUUGUGCAUUUUAAGAGCUGCAGAAGAUUCAGAUAAUGAUCAUGAUCUAACAAUUAGUUCAUCAUGGUUAUUAAAAUAUGAAGAAUUCCUUUUCAACUUUUUGCGUAAACAUCAUAAAAGUAAAUUUGUUGAAAAGCAUUUACAUUUUGUAGAAACUGCCUUAGUUAAACUGUACGUUCGAUUACAACAGGCUGGUAUUCAACCAUAUCCCUAUGAAUUAAUCAUUGAUACGUCUUCUAGUGAUUCUCAGUCAGGUGAAGGUGGUCUCACUAAGUCAACUAGCAAUAAUGAUCAAGGUCUAGUUGAUCUAAUUUCAAGCUUGAUACACAUUGACGUGGAAGAUUUAACUGUCUACUUAGAAAGUAAUAAUGCCUAUCAUGCUUUGGCGCUUAUUUAUCGUUGGCAAGGUAACCUUUCAGGUGCAUUGGAAAUAUGGCGAAAACUAGUUUACAAUGAACUAAAUGAUUCAAGUUUUCCAGGAGUAGAAUUUUAUAUUUCUAUACUAUUAGACCUAUCCGCGCAUAAUUCAACUGACUCUCAGAAACAAUCACCUCAUAAGAGAGCAGCUAUUCAUUCAUCAAAUGAUGUAAAUUAUGAGUUCUCUGUUUAUGCUGAAUUAGUUUGGAAUCAUUUUAUGCAAGCUUUAACAACUAAUCAUGAGAUUAUAGCUGAACAACUCAUGCUACGUUUUCCUAUUCCCACAAGUUAUAUUAAUUCAUCAUGUGAAUUGUCUAUUAUUGAAGACAGUACAACUGAAACUUCCUUGGAAAGUAGCCUUGCGCCAUCCCAAAUUCUAUCACCUAAUCAUAUUAUUCAAACUCUUAUUUCUUCAUAUCCAAAUAUGACAAUGACUUAUUUAAAACAUUUAUGUUCUUCUCUGCCGAAUUGUCAUCCAGAAAAUCAUAAUCUUUUAGGCAAACUUUAUUUAAAUACCCUAUUAAUGAAACUAAAGAGUACUGACAAUUUGUCUGAUGAUGAAAUGAAAAAACGAUUUCGUCAAUUGAGAACUGAAUUUUGCCAACUCAUCCGUUAUUCAUUAUUGAUAUCACAUAAAACACUACUGGACCGUUUAUAUAAUGAGAGUGCUGCAGUUCAAAAGAAACUCAUCUAUGAAUUAGCGAUUCUUGAGGGAAAGGCCAAUAAUCAUGUGAAAGCUUUAAAAUAUCUUAUUGAAGAUGGAAAUGAUUAUAAAGCCGCAUUGUACUAUUGUCUUACAUUCAGCCGUCAACAACCUAUUCAUUAUAGUGCACGUAAUAAUGAUACUAAUGUAAAAUGUAAUACAAUAGCAGUAAAUUCACUUGGUACUUAUCACCAUUGGGACCAGUUUGAAUUUAUGGAAAGUGAUUCUAAUAAUCAAUCAUUAUCUUCCUUGUUAUUUACAACAUUUGUUGAAAUCUGUCUUGAUAGACUUCUUAUUAACGAGAACAAUUCUAAUGAUAUAAAGAAAAUGAUUUUAAAUCUUCUAAAUCAUCCUGACUUAAAAUUUAAUUAUUCAAAGUUAUUAUCUCGUUUACCAUCAACAUGGAAUAUUCUAGAAAUUAAACCAUUCUUACAUAAUGCAUUUCGAUCUACUCUACAUGAAUGGUCAAAAAUUCAGUUAGAAUAUGGUUUAACUAAAUAUAAUACAAAAUUAUCUAUUAUUGAUCUUCCUAAUAAAUCACAUUGUUUAUUAAUUAAUGAUGAUACUUUAUGUUCUAUAUGUCAUCAAUCAAUUUGUAUAUAUGGUCCAUCUAAUAGCUUUGCUUGGCUUAUUCCUAAAAACCAAAUUGUUCAUACUCAUUGUUUAUCAUUUAAUCAAUGA